AUGCGAAACUCGAGAACCCGGCCGUCCGCACGGCCAAGAGAAACAAGAGAGGGCCCAGGAAGCCCAGCUUCGUCGCCUCGCCUCGCCUCGCCUCGCCUCGCCUCGGCCAUGUCUCCCGACUCUCCAUCCCGCACGCGCACCCGCGCCGUCUCGGCACCGACGAAGCCUCACAAACCACCGCCCACGUCUGCAGCAGCUCGCGGAUCGCCGCCCCGGCUCGCCAGGCGAGACCAGACCUGCGGAGACGGGCAUCACAAUUGCCUCGACAUCAACCAGCCCGACCGAUGCUGCAGCAACCAGAACUACUGCUACGUCAACGCGGCCGGCGAAGCGCGCUGCUGCCCCGUCGGAUCCAACUGCGUCGCCGACUCGCCCUGCAAGAGCGAGUUCUACUUCUGCACCACCACGCUCAGCGGCCUCGCCGCCGCCAACGCCGCCAACGCCGCCAACGCCACCACCCAGGGCUGCUGCGGCCGCAAAUGCCCCCAGACGAGCUACUACCUGUGCCCGUCGAGCCUCGGCGGCAAGUGCUGCCCCUACGACGCCGACUGCCAGGCCGACGGGAACUGCGUCAUGAAGCGCGCCGCCCCCUCGACGACGACGCCGACCGGCCCAGACGCCAUGUCCGUCGUUGAGUUGGGCGGCCUGUCGCCCGGCGCAAAGGCCGGCGUCGGCGUCGGCGUCGCGCUGGGCACGUCGCUGCUCAUCGCCCUCGCAGCGUGGAGCUUCGCCCUGUGCAGGCGACGCCGCGCGCGGCGGGCAAACGCCGCCCGGGACUCGGUCGCGAACCGCGCAGAGAUGACGGGCAGCCUCGCCCGCGCCCCGGCCGUCGAGAUGGCCGAGGACGAGCCCGAGCCGGACGCCGCAGGUCCGGGCCCGGAACGCCCUCACGUCGAGUCCUUCGACGGCCCGUUCGAGCUGGACGCGUCGUCGCAGGCCCACGCCCCUGAAUCCGACCCCGGCCCCGGCUCCGGACCAGGUGCAUACCUGAGCCGCCCGGGCAAGGUGUAG